AUGAGGGUACAGAUUGCUGGUGAAGUUGCUGGAGCACUUGCACAUUUGCACUCAGCAGCUUCUAUUCCUAUUUACCAUCGUGACAUUAAGUCCACAAAUGUACUCUUAGAUGAGAAAAAUAGAGCAAAAGUAUCAGAUUUUGGAACUUCAAGAUCAAUUUCCAUCAAUCAAACUCAUUUGACGACUCGUGUACAAGGCACUUUUGGUUAUUUGGAUCCAGAGUACUUUCAAUCCUGUCAGUUUAUAGACAAGAGUGAUGUUUUUAGUUUCGGAGUAGUUCUGGUAGAGCUUUUGAGUGGAGAAAAACCAAUUUGUUCAAGAAGCUCAGAAGAAAUCCCCUGCCAUGAGGAAGAAAUUAUUGAAGUUGCUAAUCUUGCAAAACGAUGCUUAAAUUUGAAUGGAAAGAAGCGACCUACAAUGAAAGAAGUUGCAAUGGAGUUGGAAGGGAUUCAAGCAUCAUGA